AUGGGAGGAAUGCCCGGCCUCACUAUCUCGGACAUUCAUUCCUUGAAGAGGAACGAGGCACUGGAGAUUCUUGCCCAGAUUUCACGCGUCGAGAAAAAGACCUUCCCAACCAAUGAGGCAUUCCCAUUCGGUGAGGACCUGUGGAGAAAAAAGCCUAACACCCGAGUUCUGUACGCGAUUCGAGCUAAGGGAUCGCAAUCUGAUCUGAUCGCCUAUGCGGUCUAUGUCCGACAGAAGGGCGUUGCGCUAUUACACAAAAUUUGCGUGACAGAGCCUAACCGCCGUCAAGGUGUUGGCCAGGAGGUGCUGUCCUACAUUCAGCAGCGCCUACGAAAGGAGGGCUGUCAGUAUAUUCAACUCUGGGUGGACCAGGCUAGGGAGCCUGCGCGCGCCUUGUAUCUCCGUCUUGGAUUUGAGGAGCGUGAAGUUAUCCCUGAUUACUAUGCCCCUGGACGAACAGGCAUCAAAAUGGUCCUAGAUUUAGAAGCUUGA